AUGCACCAUCUAUCAGUUAUUGCCAUUCUGGAACUUUUCUCAGAUAGUGUUAAUAUUCAAAGCUUCAAAGUGCAAUUGAACAUGGUUAAUGCUACUAGUAACUGUAAUAGUAAGAUUUGGGUUUUUUGGAACAGUGAUAUUGACUGUUAUAUUCUUGAUGAAGAUGAACAGCAAAUUACUUGUGCCAUGAAACACAAUGAGUUACAAUGCCAAUUUACUAGUACUUUUAUCUAUGCAAAAUGCAAAGAGUACCUUAGGAGACCUUUAUGGGAUAAAUUGCUUCAGCAUGCCUCAGUAAAUACCAAUCCCUGGUGUGCUGUGGGGGAUUACAAUGUUAUAUCUAAGGUUGAUGAAAAAUUAGGAGGUCUACCUUACAAUAUGAGGAAGAGUAUGGAUUUCAUUGUUGUCAUUGAAGCCUGUGGUCUUGUUGACAUAGGUUUCAGUGGACACAGAUUCACUUGGUCUAAUAAGAGGGGCAUUAAUCACAGAAUUUGGAAGAGGCUAGACAGGGCCCUGGUGAAUGACUUAUGGUUAGAAAAGAUGCCUCAAACUACCAUAACUCGUUUAUCAACUACGGGAUCAGAUCAUUGUCCUUUACUAUUGGAAAUGGUAUCCACUGAAAUCGACCACAUUAAAUAUUUCAGAUUCCUCAACUGUUGGAUUGAUAAUCCCAACUUCAUGCUUACUGUUAAAAACUGCUGGGAUAGACCUGUGGAAGGUAAUGCUAUGUGGAAGUUCCAUCAGAAAAUGAAAAGAUUAUCAAAUACUCUUAGUGUUUGGUCUAGAAAUGAAUUUGGGGAUAUUUUUCAAAAAGUUAGGAUGUAUGAGGAACAAGUGCACGAAGCUGAAGAAAAUUACAUCCGGGAUCAGACUGAUUCAAAUAGGAGUACUCUCCAUGAACUCAAUGCUCAAUAUAUCAAAUUCCUCAAGCUUGAGGACACUAUCUUGAAACAGAAAACUCAGCUUCAAUGGUUUAAAGAUGGUGACACCAACUCCAAAUAUUUUCACUCCAUUAUAAGGGGAAGGAGGAGGAAAUUAUUUAUUCACAAAAUUCUCACUGAAAAUGGAGUUUGGAUACAAGGUGAGAACAAUAUUGCUCAAGAGGCUUGUGAGCACUUCAAUACCAUUUUCACAGGAUCAGUUCAGCUUACAAAGUUAUCAGAUAUGGAUGAGCUUAAAGAGGUAGUGUUUUCCAUGAAUCCUAACUCUGCAGCUGGUCCUGAUGGUAUGAAUGUGAAUAAUCCAAAUAAGCUUACUGAGUUUAGGCCGAUAAGUCUGAGUAACUUCACUAGUAAGAUUAUAUCUAAACUAGUAAGUAACAGACUUAGUCCUAUCCUUCCGUCCUUGAUUUCUACCAAUCAGUCUGGUUUUGUGAAAGGGAGAAGUAUUUCUGAAAAUAUUAUGCUCGCUCAGGAAAUCAUUCAUCAAAUCAAGAAACCCAACAUUGGAAGUAAUGUAAUUAUCAAAUUAGACAUGGCAAAACCUUAUGACAGGGUUUCUUGGUCAUACAUUUGCCUGGUUCUAAGGAAAAUGGGGUUCAAUGAGGUGUUUAUUGAUAUGGUUUGGAGAAUCAUGGCCAACAAUUGGUAUUCUAUUAUUGUCAAUGGCAAAAGGUAUGGCUUCUUCCACUCUACUAGAGGCUUCAAACAAGGUGACCCUCUAUCCCCGGCCUUAUUUAUUUUAGGUGCCGAGGUAUUAUCAAGAUCACUCAACAGGCUUCACAAUCAUCCUGACUAUCAUGGCUUCAUCAUGGAAAAGAGAGGGCCACAAGUGAAUCAUCUGAGUUUUGCGGAUGACAUAAUUCUUUUCACUUCCGGAAGAGGCAAAACCUUGAAACUCCUAAUGAAUACUCUAAAGGAGUAUGAAAAGACUUCGGGGCAGCUCAUCAAUGGAGACAAAAGCCAUUUUAUGAUACACUCUAGUGCUUUCAAUAGCACUAGGGAUAGAAUUAAAAGGCUGACAGGUUUUAAACCAAAACAGGGCCCUAUAACUUACCUAGGUUGCCCUUUAUUUGUUGGCAGACCUAGGAAUGUUUAUUUUUCUGAUCUUAUUAACAAAGUCGUUGCCAGAAUUACAAGUUGGCAAACAAAACAACUUAGUUAUGGAGGAAAGGCUGUACUUUCCAAACAUGUCCUUAAGGCCUUGCCUAUACACCUCUUAUCAGCUGUAACCCCUCCAAUUACAAUCAUCAGACAGAUCCAAAUGCUCAUUGCAGAUUUCUUCUGGGGAUGGAAGAAUAGUAGGAAAAAAUACCAUUGGUCUUCUUGGAAAAAUUUGAGCUACCCUUAUGAGGAAGGGGGGGUGGGGAUGAGAAACUUACAAGAUGUUUGUAAAUCAUUCCAAUUCAAGAAAUGGUGGAUUUUCAGAACAAAACAAACAUUGUGGGGAGAAUUCUUGAGAGCUAAAUAUUGUCAAAGAUCAAAUCCGGUGAGUAAGAAAUGGGAUACUGGAGAGUCAUUGAAUUGGAAACAUAUGUUAUCUAAUAGACAGCAGGUUGAGCAGCAUAUUCAGUGGAGACUUCAAGCUGGGAAUUGUUCCUUUUGGUGGGACAAUUGGCUUGGCACAGGGCCACUAGCUCAGCAUACAACCAGCAGCAACAGACUCAACAACAUUACAGUUGCAGAUUUUUGGGAAAAUGGGGAAUGGAAUUGCAGCAAGUUGGAGCAACAUGCACCAGUCAGCCAGCUAUCCAGAAUUCUGGAUUCCUCACCAACAGCACAGGCCUGA